CAAUAAUUCAGCAUCGUUAUUUUGAGCCUCACUUUCAACACUCAAAGUUUGUAUUUAAAGCUGAUCCUCUCCUUCGACAUGAGCUCCGCUUCGCCCCGGAAGGUCUUUUUCUCUCGGAAUGUGCCGUAUGCCAUUGAGCAAUUCCGUCAGCGACUUGCGAAAGCCGGAGCCCACGCGGUCUCAGUGGAGUCUUUCUCCUCCGAGAAGAGCUGCAUUCCACGUGAGGAGCUGCUCAAAUGCGUGAAGGGAUGCACAGGGCUGCUCUGUCUGCUAACGGACAAGGUGGACGCUGAAGCUUUGGAUGCCGCGGGUCCCUCACUACGCGUUGUGUCCACCAUGUCAGUCGGCCACAACCACAUCGAUGUGGAGGCCUGCAAAGCUCGAAAUGUGAAGGUGGGGUACACCCCGGGGAUUCUGGAUGUGUCCACCGCUGAGACAGCCGUAGCGCUGACAUUUGCAACCAAGCGACGACUGCUCGAGUGCGCGGCAAGCGCCAAGAACGGCGAGUGGGGCGUCUGGCAGCCUUUCCAGUACUGUGGCUCCGACGUCACCGGUAGUACAGUUGGCGUCGUCGGUCUUGGGCGGAUUGGUACAACGUACGCCCGUAUGCUUCAGAACGGAUUCAACUGCAAGAUCCUCUACACAGGACCUCGCGAAAAACCUGAAAAUGCCCAGACUCUCGGGGGCGAACCAGGUUCAGUCGAGUACGUGGACAUGGAGACGCUGCUGCGUAAAAGUGAUAUCGUGAGUCUCCACCAGCCACUGACUGAGGCGACUCGCGGCAGUAUCGGCGCUAAAGAGCUCGACCUCAUGAAACCAAGCGCGGUUUUGAUCAACACUGGCAGAGGUGAGCUAGUGGAUCAAGAUGCACUCGUGGAAGCACUCCGAAACAAGGCGAUCGCAGCUGCUGGUUUAGAUGUGACGGCCCCUGAACCGCUGUCUCCUACACAUCCGUUGUUUUCGCUUGAGAACUGCGUUGUGAUGCCUCAUAUCGGCUCAGCCACGAUCAAGACUCGGCAAGCCAUGGCGGAUAUCGCUGUUGCUAACCUUUUAGCAGGAAUUAUGGAGGAGAAACUGCCGCAUGGAGUUUGCUAA